CCAUGCUGCCCCGCCACGUGCAGAGGCUGGGCAGAGACUGGGUCGCCCACUGGAAUGGCUCCCAGAUACUCUCCAUGAACAGCCCAGUUUCCAGCUGUGUGAGAUGGGCCACUCACUAUCCUCCCUGGGCCUCAUUUCCACUUCCUACUCCGGCUGAUUUCUCAGCAAACUGGAGAUUCCAUCCAUUUUUUGGACCUUGGAGACAGUUUCAGAACUCUAAUUGGCACCUUGAUAACUACACUAGAGGUUCUUCUUUUCACCUGCCUAACCCCAGUAUGAAAUCUGAGGGAGAGGAACCACUGACAAAGAAGAGAAGACUCAGUGGCCAGCAUGAUACUUCAGCUCCGGAAGGAGAAACAAACUCCUCUGAUCAGAAGGAAACAUUGUGUCUUUCUACAGCACAGGAUGAGGAAAAAGAUAGAAGCAAGAAAGGAACUGUCAAAAGACACUGGGAAUAUUUCUGUCAGCACAGUAGAACAAUGAAAAUCUCUGAAAAUAAAGAAUCUGACGAAACCAAUGCAGAAAGUGAGGCAAAAUUUGAUUUUACAGUCAUGUCUUACAAUAUCCUGUCACAGAAUUUGUUGGAAGAUAACUCCCACCUGUACAAACACUGCAGGCAACGUUUGCUAUUCUGGACAUACAGAUUUCCCAACAUCCUACAAGAAAUCAAACAGCUGGAUGCAGAUGUGCUCUGUUUACAAGAAGUCCAAGAAGACCACUAUAGAACAGAGAUCAAGUCAAGUUUGGAAUCCCUGGGGUAUCACUGUGAGUAUAAAAUGAGGACAGGGAGAAAACCUGACGGCUGUGCCAUUUGCUUCAAAACUUCCAAAUUUAGCCUGAUUUCAUCAAACCCCGUGGAAUUCUUUCGCCAUGAUAUUCCACUCUUGGACAGGGACAACGUUGGACUGGUGUUGCUUUUGCAGCCUAGAUUUCACUCCAAAACUAACGCUGCAGUCUGCGUAGCCAACACACACCUGCUCUACAACCCAAGGCGAGGGGACAUCAAACUGACCCAGCUUGCAAUGCUCCUGGCAGAGAUUGCUAGUGUUGCCCCUCAGAAGGAUGGUACCUUCUGCCCAAUUAUCAUCUGUGGUGACUUCAAUUCUGUUCCUGGUUCUCCAUUGUACAGAUUUAUAAAGGAAGGAAAGUUAAAUUAUGCAGGACUUGCUAUAGGGAAGGUCUCUGGACAAGAAGAGUUUCCAAGGGGACAAAGAAUCUUAUCUAUUCCAAUUUGGCCAAAGAAGUUAGGCAUAUCACAAAACUGUGUAUAUGAAAUAAAACAGCAACAAAAAGAAGAAAAUGCAGGAAAAAGGUUGGAAACAGCAGAACCAGACAACACUCAGGAGAUUGUAAUAGCAUCUGAAAAGUAG